AUGCAGAUUUUCAUUAAGACUCUGACUGGGCGUAAACAAGCUUUCAACUUCGAACCUGAGAAUCAAGUUUUGGCUGUGAAGCAGGCACUACAAGAGAAGGAGGGCAUUCAAGUUGACCAAAUCCGAUUGAUUCACUCGGGAAAACAACUUGCGGACGACAAGACUUUGGAAUCCUACAACAUCGCUGCUGGAGCCACUAUUCACAUGGUCUUGCAAUUGAGAGGAGGGUCAUUCUAG